AGGGCAGGGGGGCCCUUACAAAGGCCCAGAGGUGGGGACCAGCCCCUGAGGGCAGGGGCAGAGGAGCCGGGCCAGGACCCAGCUCAUGGCUGCAGCUUGAUAUCUCUCUCAUUUGCCAACAUCGCCGGCACCGACCAUGCCAAGGGCCGAGACACCCGCCGUGGGCAUUGACCUGGGCACCACCUACUCCUGCGUCGGCAUCUGCCAGCACGGCAAGGUGGAGAUCAUUGCCAACGACCAAGGCAACCGCACCACCCCCAGCUACGUGGCCUUCACGGCCACCGAGCGCCUGGUCGGGGAUCCUGCCAAGAGCCAAGCUGCCCUCAACCCCCACAACACCGUCUUCGACGCCAAGCGGCUGCUGGGCCGGCGCUUCGAGGAGCCGGGGGUGCAGGCAGACAUGAAGCACUGGCCUUUCCGGGUGGUGAACGAGGAGGGGAAGCUGAAGGUGCGGGUGUCCCACAAAGGGAAGGAGCGGGAUUUCUAUCCGGAGGAGAUCUCUGCCAUGGUGCUGGCCAAGAUGAAGCAGACGGCCGAAGCCUACCUCGGCCGCCCGGUCACCCAAGCCGUCAUCACCGUGCCGGCCUACUUCAACGAUGCCCAGCGCCGCGCCACCAUCGACGCGGGCACCAUCGCUGGCCUCCACGUCCUCAAGAUCCUCAACGAACCCACGGCGGCUGCCAUUGCCUAUGGGCUGGAGACCGGGAGCCCAGGGGGUGAGGCGCACCACAUGCUCGUCUUCGACCUGGGGGGUGGCACCUUCGAUGUGUCUGUCCUGCGAGUGGAAGACGGCAUCUUCGAGGUGAAGGCCACGGCUGGGGAUACCCACCUGGGCGGGGAGGACUUUGACAGCCGGCUGGUGGAGCAUUUGGUGCGGGAAUUCAGGAGGAAGCACAAGGAGGACCUCAGCCAGGACAAGAAAGCCUUGCAGAGGCUCCGGUCGGCUUGUGAAAGAGCCAAGCGCACGCUCUCCUCCGGUACCACCGCCACCAUCUCCAUCGACUCCCUCUACAAGGGGCUGGACUUCUACACCACCCUCACCCGGGCCCGCUUUGAGGACCUCUGCUCCGACCUCUUCCAAGCCACCCUGAAGCCCUUGCAGCAGGCGCUGCAAGAUGCCCGCCUCACCACGGACCAGAUCCAUGCCAUGGUGCUGGUGGGCGGCUCCACCCGCAUCCCCAAGGUGCAGGCGCUGCUGGAAGGCUUCUUCAGCGGGCGGGAGCCCAGCAAGGGCAUCAACCCUGACGAGGCGGUGGCUUACGGCGCGGCUGUGCAGGCAGCUGUCUUGACCGGCCACCGCACCCGGGGCCUGCAGAACCUGCUGCUUCUGGACGUGACCCCGCUGUCCCUGGGCAUCGACACGGUGGGUGGCGUGAUGGCCACCGUGAUCCGGCGCAAUUCCCCAGUGCCCACCAAGGAGACCAUGGGCUUCACCACGGCCGAGGACGACCAGGACACGGUGGUGUUUGAGGUGUACGAAGGGGAGCGUCCCCUGAGCAAGAACAACCACUUGCUGGGCACUUUCUUCCUCAGUGGCCUUCCCCCGGCGCCCCGUGGUGAGCCCGUGGUGGAGGUCACCUUCUCCAUCGACGCCAACAGUGUCCUCACCGUCUCCGCCAGGGACACCUGCACAGGCAACACCAGCCAGCUCACCAUCGCCGACACCCAGGGCCGGCUGGACCGCGAGGAGGUCCAGAGGAUGGUGCAGGAGGCCGAGGAAUGCAAGGCCCAGGACCGGGUGCAGCAGGAGGCCGUUGAAGCCAUGAACUCCCUGGAGUCGUGCGCGCUGCAGCUGAAGCGGGCGGCCGAGGGCGGGCAUGGGGUGGACGUGCGAGCCAAGAAGAGGGUGCUGGCUCUGUGCGAGGAGACGGCCUCGUGGCUGGAGGGGAGCCCGCUGGCUCAGAAGGAGGAGUACGAGGAGCGGCGGAGGGAGCUGGAAGAAGCCUGGGAUUCAGCCUUCUCCACACUGAACCCGGGAGGGGAGCCCAGGCUGGAGCCAGAGGAGCAGGAGGGGGCGGCUGCUAGGGAGGAGCUCAGGGAACACCUGGAUUGAGGAGACCCAGCUCUGCCCCCUGCUUCAGAGCCCAUUAAAAGGAGAAAUGGAUCCCAGCUGUGUGGCCUCCUAUUUUAGUGCCGCUGCUAUGGGAAGGGAAGCUGGAGCCCGGAGAUGGGGGGAGUGAUUUGGCCAAGGUGAAGCCGUGAGUUGGUGGCAGACGGGGACAUAGACCCCAGGGGUGCAGACUCCCAGCUUCUGCUCUACCCACUCAAUAACACUUCCCCUUGGAAGUGCUACUAGACCCCAGGGCUUGUGCCUUCUUCAGGAGACAAUCCCCUCCUUCCCUGCGGGUGUUUGGGCAUGAACUGUCCGUGGAAAGGCAGCAAAGGCUUGAGAGGGGGAGAGGAGCCCAGAGGAAGAAUAGCCAUGUCUAGAAGCCUCUCAUGUGAGCAGGGGCCAGAAAUGGGCCUGGAUGGGACCUGCCUGUGAGCUUAAUGCUCACCUGCCUUUGCUCAGUUAAUGCCUGCCAUGUUCCACCCCAGAGCUGGCUGCCUUCAAGCAGGGAGGGUGAAACCCAGAUGCCCGGGAUAAGCUACCUCCUCCCACCCGUCGUCUCCAGCCUGGCUCACCUUGCUGAGGCUGGGGAAGCAGGAACCACUGGGCUGAAGCCUGGCCAGUGCUUUCUGCUAAAGGCAGGCAACAACUUAACCCAUCACCCUCCCUUGGCCAGAAACCGGGGAGUCGCCGAGCGCUGAAGCCCUGUGAUCCACUAAUUGAUAUGGGAAGA